AUGGACUACAUUACAGAAAAGAAAGUGCGCCCUCUUUAUGAGGCAAUCGAUGACGGGCAAAAUAAGCAAGCCUUGCAACAUGCCAACAAGCUUCUCAAGAAGAAUCCCGAUUGGCCCCUUAUCAAGGCUUUGAAGGCUCUUGUAUAUGUGAGAACUGGCAAGGAGGAUGAAGCCCAGGGUCUUUGUCAACAAGUGAAGAAGACAGUUCCAACGGAUCAACCAACGCUACUUGCACUGACGAUGGCAUACCAAGAACUCGGUCAACACUCGGCCGUUGUGGAGCUUUAUGAGAAUGCAGCUAACCAACAGCCCACCAACGAAGAAUUCGGCAACAAAUGGUUCAUGGCUAUGGUGCGUAAUGGAGAUUACAAGGGUCAACAAGCAGCUGCUCUCAAGUUGCAUCGUACAUUCAAGCAAAACAAGUAUCUCUUUUGGGCCAUCAUGUCAUUGGCACUUCAGGGCAAAGACUCUGCACUUUCUUAUACGCUUGCAGAACGUAUGAUGGCCAAAGCACAAGAAGAAGGUCGAUUGGAGGAAGUGGAGCACUUGCGUCUAUACCUGCUUAUCUUGAUGGAUCAAAAGAAGCACACUGAAGCAUUGGCUUUGUUGGAUAGUCCGCUUGGUCAAAAGUCAAUGCGUGAUCCCGAGGUGCGCCAAAUCAAGGCUGAGCUCUUGCAGGCUAAUGAAAAGUGGGAUGAUGUCAUGACCGUGGCAGAACAAGCUUUGGAAAAGGAGAAUUCGGAUGAUUGGAUCAGCUGGUUGGCUUAUUUUGAUGCCAUGAACGCUAAAGGCACGGAUGAUUUGAGCAAGGCACAUGCUUUGGUGGACACGUUGAAAAAGAGCGCAUUGGAUGCACCCGUAUUGAAGCGUGGUCCCUUCCUUGCAGAGUUGGAAUUGGAUUAUCGGGCAAGCCAAGCACAAAAGGGAGGAGAUGAAAAGGCGGUCCUCGCAAAUGUUGUGUCUUAUUUUGAGCGUUUCGGUUCCAAAUCCUGCUGCUUUGAAGAUGUUCAGACUUACGUGGCGUUCUUGAGAGGCAACAAUGACAAGGCACUUGCGUUUAUCCAAUCACUUAAAGAUACGGUCAAGGAUUCCGACAAAAAGUCGGAUCAGAUCAAGAACGUUUUCAAGCACGUGAAUAUUCGCAAGCUUGAGCGAUUCCUCGGUUUACAAGAUAAUUUGACUUUGCAGCAAGGCAUCUCUCUCGUCAACGAUCUUUGGAAAUCCUAUCAAGAUGCACUUCCACUAGGUGAAGGAUUGGAGAAGACUGAGAGUCAGCAUGGUGAUGAUUUCGUUGUAUUGGCAAGUCACGUGCUUGUGGAUUUGUAUCAUCAACACAAGUUGCCAGAGCUCUUGAUGCAAGGCAUUGUAUUAUUGGAAAGCGCAUUACCCAAGAGCAUUUACAACUUCCAUAUCAAGUUGACGCUCGUUCGACUCUAUGAAAUACUAGGCGUGUACAACCGCCCCCUGCAGAUCUUCCGUACAAUGGACAUCAAGCAAAUCCAAUUCGACACCAUGACGCAUUACUUUACCGAUCGUUUCAACUCCUUGGGCUGUAAUGAUGAAGUCGAGGAUGUCUUGCUUGAAUCUUUGAUGAUUUACAAGAGCAACGAGGUGGAGACUCCAGAAAUGAUUGUCAAGGCAUACCAACAUGGAACAUUCUCAAAGAUUCAAGAAUUUAUCGAGUUCCGUUCAAGGCUUGAUGCUUCUCUUCAACAUGCUAUCACCAAUAUCGAACUUGCUCGUAUCGAUGCUGCCCGAUCCGCCUUCCAGAUCAAAUACGCAAUGCAAUAUUUCCAAGAUAUGGAUAUCACCAAGAUUAAAUGUGACGAUGCCUUCAUUAACAAGCAAUCGGACAACAGAGAUUUCAAAGUAUUUAUGAAUUGCAAUGCUGAGGACCGACCAAAGGCAGAGGAACUUUUCAAGCCUUUCAAGAGCACUGGAAAAACCUGGUUGCAACUCUUCUCAUAUGUGCUCAACGUAUUGAAAUCGGCAUGCAGCACCAAGGGUGGCCUUGAUAUUACUACGCUUGUAAACGACUUUGGAGCAUUUUUGGCGAAGGAUGGCAUUGACAAGGAAGUGACCAAUGAGGAAUGGGUGCUUGCCAAAUCCACGUUUGAGCUCGCUUCAGCGUUCGCUCUUGUGAAGGAUCCGAAUACUCGUAAGGAGAAUUCCAAAAAGAUCGCUGAGCAUAUGAAGAAUGCUGCCAAGUUGGUGGAAGAAAAAGUUGUGCCAACCGAGAGCUUUGAGGAAGCUACUAUUUCAUGGAAUGCAUUCCACCCAGUAUCUAUGGCCUUAGAGACCCUUAAUUAUACCGCAAUUCUCACCGAGACUAUUGGACGAUCGCUUGGAUUGACAAGUAAAGAGGCAAAGAGAAAGGCAGCUGAGUCGGCCAAUGCGGAUGAGCUGAUCUCGAGCACUCUACUUGUACAGUCGGCCAUCAAAGAUGCACUCUUGAAGACCCAAAAGGUUGUACAGAAUGGUAGUGAGCUCUUCAAGCCGCAGCUGCAAAAGAAGCUCUCUAAGCGUAUCACGACAUCAGAAGGCCAACUCGAACAUUUCAAUACAAAGGAGGGCCAAGCAAGCAUGAAUGAUAUGCUAAAGACGGUGACUACGAGCUGGAACUCUUCCAUUGGUCGUCUCGCUGAGGAAGUCAAUAGACGAGUACAAAAACUUCAAUGA